CGCCGACGGCAACGACGUCUUCCUGCACAUAAAGUCCUGCACCGACGGCGGCGUGCCGCAGAAGGGCGACAUCGUGGCGUACGAUACGGAGCCCAGCCAGACGAAGCCGGGCCAGCUGUCGGCGACAAACGUCACGGGAGGCACGGGCACCGCCGGCGGGAGGAAAGCGGGCACGGGCGCGCACCACGGGACGUGCAAGUCCUUCAGCGUCAAGUCGGGAUUCGGGUUCAUCAACGGCGAGGACGGCACUGACGUUUUCCUGCACGCGAGGCAGGUCGUGGACGGCAGCAUACCGCAGCAGGGAGACACGCUGCAGUUUGACCUUGAGCCCAGCCCUUCGAAGCCGGGCCAGAUGCAGGCCAAAAACGUGACCGGGGGCACAGGCUGGGGCGCCUUCGGCAAGGGCGGCGGCUGGGGCAAGGGCGGCAAGGGCGGCCCGUAUGAUGGGUGGGGAGCGGCCGCGAUGAUGUCCAUGAUGAAGGGCUGGGGCGGCGGCGGCUGGGGCGGCGGCAAGGGCAAGGGCGGCGGCGGCUGGGGCAAGGGCUGGUAGAGCAGCCGCCCUCCGCCCCGGCGGGGGCGCCGCGCGCGCCGCACCCCCGCCGCUCGACGCGCCGGACACUCGCCGGCCGCCGGCGCGGCG